AUCGGCCUCUAGCCAUGGUCUAGGUCAGACCCCAUCGUCUCAGCCAUCGCCGGCGGCCAUGCCCGGCCAAAAGCGGCGCCGGUUGAGGAAGCAGUUUCCUCCCUCGACCCCAGCAUGGGGGGGGCUCGAGGGUUAAGCUGGAUGAGAACAUUAUGGCGUUGUGCCAUUGCCAAAUCACUGAACGGGGGUUCGCCGAUGCCACUGACAUGGUCGGACCCUCUAUUGAAGCCUUAAGGCCCACUAGCACCCAAAUCGCCCUGGAUGCUCCUUCAGGGUUCUUUACAGUUCAUCUGGCGUCUCUGAAGAAGGAGCUGCGAUUCCCUCUCCACUCGUUGUUGAUUGAAAUCCUCAACGAGGUGGACUUCCUUCCUUGCCAAUUGGUCCCCAAUUCUCACCGGUACAUCGCCGGUUACCUGGUUAGAUGCAAGGAAGUAAGGGUGAAGCCUACUCCUGACCAUUUCCUGUUUACCUUUAAACUGACCAAGGGUCAUGGAGAUUGGGCGUCCUAUGCCAGUCUUUCCCAAAGGUUCAGGGCUCCCAUCCUUCCGUCGCGUUCCCUGUCCCCCGCCCGACGCCACCCUCCUUUCCAUCACCCGGCAACUCUGCGGCCAGGGUGCGUCGAGAUUAAGAGGGUGGUGACUGAGGUGUCUCUAGCAGCGCUGGGGUUUGAGUUUGUCCAAGACAAGCAUCGCCAUCAGCCUGACCUGCUUAGGGACGCUCCUGGGCUCCCCUCGCGCUCUCUGAUGCUUGGUGGCGACCUAGGAGGGUCGUCCCAAAGGGCCUUCUCGGAGCGACCUCCUUCCCCACCCGUAGUGACCUACGAGGUGGCAAUCGAGGGUCGCUCGACGAGGUUUAGCAUCCCUCCUCUGUCCCCAAGCCUAGGGGACGUGCAACUAGAGACCCUGGUCACCUUGCCCGCUCAGGAUCGAGCUCGCAUCUCUGCCGGUUCUGAGGAUGAUCCUAAUGACAUGGUUUUUCUAAAGCUUAGCCAGGCCACACUAGGGAUGAUCGAGAUCGUCGGCUGGAGGCAAGAUCGCCAAGCGGCCAUGGACGAGGCAAAAAAGGCAGCAGAAGACAAGCAAAGGGAGCUGCAGGAGGAGGUCGCCCGCCACGCAAGGGAGUUGGAAGAAGAGAAGGGUCGCUCUGCCACCCUUGAGAUAGAGAACGCCUCCCUAUCUUCUGAAGUGGGGUCCAUUUCUGCCAGCGUUGCUGAGCUGGAAGGAGAGAAGACCGGUCUGAUCCAGUAACUGGAGGCGGAGAGGAGCGACCAGGUCCGUCGCUCGGAGGAGGCGAUCGAGUCAUUUAAAUCUUCUCCUGAUUUCACUACGGUCGCUAUGGAGCGGAAGGACAAGCUGGUAAUCGAAUGGCUCAAAACCGGGCCCUGUGUCCAAUGGAUGGUCAAGGAAAGAAAGAAGUCCUUCAACU